GAACGAGGCUGUGCGUGUCACGUCACUUCCCCUUCGGGCGAAGCGAGCCGGGGGGGGGGGGACUUCCCUGAGCCAGGCCACGAGUGGGUGACACUGUGAACACAUGAAUGGCAGGAGAAGACUGUUAGCUGCCUCUGUAAUUUCUGUCCAAAACUCCAGCUUUGUGUAUCCUUCUUGUCAAAACUGCUUUUCUAAGCUGAUACUAAAUUCUAAUAGGUUUAACUGUCUAAAAUGUGGCUGCACGGGUGAAGCUAAGGAUGCAAACUACAGGUAUAAGCUGUCCCUAAAAGUUGCUGGCACUAGUGAUUUAUUUGACAUUACCGUGUUUGGAAGCACCUUAGAGCCAUUCUUUGGGGUCACGGCAGGAAGUCUGCAGAGGUAUAUUCAAGAUUUUAACCAAGUAUCAGGAGAGCUGGACAGAGAUGCAUCUCCCCGUGUGUUAAUUCAAGCAGUCAAAACUUGUUUCAUUGGGAAAAGAUUUAUAUUUGGAGUGAAGAGUUCUGAAAACCAUGAUGGAGGGCACUCUGUUUCUCACAGCAUUUUGCCAAACUGCUCCAGAAUUAAUAGACUUACAAGAGAUCUUACAGCCUGCCAGAUCUUCCUGCCAAACACUGCUGCUGCCGGCUUUACUGUUAUCAGCUACUUCCAUCGGCUCCUGCAAUCUGCUAAUUUCAGGAGCAGUCACAGUAGCUCACAGCGACCCGAUUGUCCUUUCAUUGCAGUAGAUCAGCCUAGCAGUGAGCUCAGCAGCUUGUGUAGCUCUGGCAGCAACUCAUGUUUUGUUCAGUCAAGUGGCCGAGAGAGUUUUUCAGUACCCUGGCAGCAGUCCUUUGGCCUGACUUCUUCAUCUGUUGAGUGGGUAACAACAGAAGAUUUUUCAUCUUUAGAACUGGGCAAGGCUGCUGGUGAACAGUGUGAACUACAGGAGAGGGGUUUCUCUGCAGAACUAUGCAGCUUAAGUCCCAGCAACCAAACCAUUCAAGAUUUGCAGCUCUGUAACUCUAUGAAUGAGAGAAAUGAACAGGAAGAUCGUGAAUUUAGUUCACUAUCCAGUAGGUCAGACACAAUCACUGCGACUGAAAAACUAGAGAGCUGCGCUCAUUUAAAGAGAGAAUGGUCACCUGACAGGAACAGCUCUAGGUUGUUACAAAGCCCAUUGGAUUUGGGGGUAAAAUACUCUUGCCUAGAGAUUAUCAGCAGACAUGAUUACUGUCAAGAGAAAUCUUGGAACUCCUUGCUUUGCCAGAGAAAAGAUGAUUCAUUUUGCUCCUCAGCAGUAUCUCCUAAUCAUGGAAGUGCAACUGGAACUUCUCAGGAUGACCCUGUGAUUUGGGACGAGCUGCCGUUCUCUGAAAGUCUAAAUGAUUUCAUAGCCAGAAUUGAAAACAGGAGCACCAUAUCCCCAGUAGGUCUCAAUGCUCUCAAAUGUUCCCUUUGUGAAAGAAACGAGUUGGAUAAAAAUCAUAGCAAAACAUCUUGUAGGCAAGGCAUUGUACAUACUGCCUGCAAAUCAACCACCACAACAGGGAGGUUCCCACAACUAACAGAGCAUGUGAAUACUUGCAAAGAGCAUAUUCUCUCCUGCCAUCAAUCACACCUCACUCCUGUAAAUGGCCAAGUAUCACAACGUGAGCCUUUGUACAGCAUUUUAUCUACAAGUACUAUGGGAGGCAGAGAGUCUGACUUUAUACCUGACCCAUCUCUGCUAGUGCUGUCGCAGUCCUCAGCAGUUAGAGCAACUUGUGUUCUUUCAGCGGGCAGUUUUCUACAAUCUGAGAAAGCAAAUGUUAAUAUUUCAAACAAUGCCCAUUCUUUCACCAACCUUCAGUGUACUAUGAAAGAUGCAGAAAUCUCAUAUUUUCAAAGGAGAGAGAGACCUGCCCGUUUACAUUCUCUGUAUGAUGGCUGUGUAGCUGAUUGGGAAAAUAAAGACAAUUGUAGUUAUCCACCAAACCUAAGAACAGAUCUUACAAGCUCUCGGGAACUGGGCUGUGAUUCAGCAGCUCCCUACAAAGCUAAAAAUACAUGUAAGAGAGAAUUAGAACCAUUAACUAAAUGGCAAGAAAAUACUGUUAGAGCUAUAAACCAGAAUGACGUGCUACAGAACAACCCCAAUCACUCCAAAAGCAGCUACAAUGCUUCUGCUGACCUCUUUGAGGCUAGUGCCAGAGAGAUAGAAACCAUGGUUGAAUUUUCAAACAAGUCUCACAACUCUUCAGUACAGGAAGAUGUUUCGACUGAAAAGUACACAGCAUCUGAAUUAGUGUGUAGUCCAUUAGAUGUUGGCUGCAGCUAUUUGGAGUGCAGAUCCUCACUUAGUUUACCACCUCCUUUUGGUAAACACAGUACACCCAUAAGUUCACUUUAUGAUUCAGAACUUGAUCUGGUAGAUACCCAGAACUUUGUUCCUUACUCACAGUCAACUCCUGUUGCAAGACCUCUUCAAAAAUUCAGAUCCCAGAGGGGGAGAGAAUCAGUUCUCCUUAAAUUGACAUCUAAAAGUCCUACUAAAAUCCGCUGCAAAUCUAAACAGUCUAGGCCAUCUUUUAAAAAUACUUUAUUAAGACAACUUACCAGCAAGUUCCCGAAACACAAAAGAUCAAGUAACACAGCCAUCAAUAAAUCUGUUCCACAGCAGUCGUUUGUCAACAGCGAGGUGCCAGAGAAUGAUUCUAAAGAAUGGAUCCCUCCAUCGGCAACAAAAUUGUUACAGCCAGCUGCAUUUUCUAAUUUAAAAACAGUUGGAUUGCAAGCCAGGAGCCCAGCUAUCUGCAAACCCAUUGACAAAAAGACUAUUUCUGAAAACAAAGCCAGCAGUGGAAAGUCAAGAACUGAUGCAUGUUUAAGAAGCAGAAAAUUAAAUCCUAUGAAUAGAGCUGGAAUUCCAACAACUCCUAUACCUGCAAACGCUGCUAAGGCCUUGCUUCUAAAAGAUGCAGUCUCUGGAACUUGUGCCUGCUCAGAAACCCAGAAGAGCCAUUCAUGUGCAACUUACUUAGUGGGUGGACUGGAUGAGGCAGUUAGCUGGUCUCCUGAAUUGUUUACAGAAAAAUACUAUUCCAUGGAAAUUCCACCUGCCCUAUGGAGCUCUGAAAAUCUCUCCCUCAUUUCUCUACUCCACCUCAUGGCUCCCACAGUGUAGCCACUCAUCUCCUACCCAAAGACUUGGAAGCCCCUCACUGUUUCUCUGUAUUUGGCGAGAAGGGUCACUCAGUUAGCAGGAGGUGCUUCCUCCCUCUUAGGAGCUGACUGUAUUGGCACUGCAGUGUUUCCAAAAGCCAAAAAAGAAAAGUCAUUAGUGGACGCAUACCAAGGCUCCCUAAUAUCCCCCAAACAAAUCCACUUUAAAAAAAACUUUUCAGUUGUGCUCCGUGAUGUACAACGUGAGGACCUCACACCCAUUCACUGUCUGAUCUUCAGCAGCCUAUGAGGCAGAGCAGAGUCAUUCUCCAUCUGUAUGUGCAGGUAGUGAGAGACACAGGUUCAGUGACUUGCCAGAAGUCUGUAGUAGACAGACAUAGUAGACAGACAGACAGAACCCAGACUACCUCAGUCCCAGAGCAGAAUCUUAACCACAGACAGACCAUCUUUCCUCUCGACCUUCUACUACUCACUGUGGCACUCUGACACUGAACAAGAGUUCUUCCCACUUCUGGGGAUCCUACACCACUAGGUGGUGAAGGGAAAGGGCUGGGCCACCUUGAGGGGCCUGCAGGGAUGUUCUGCCAGCCCUGUCCCAUCUGUGGAUCCUAGACGGAGGUAUGAGAGGAAGAAAACAUAGGCUCAGCUACACCAUAAAGCACAAAAUAGAAUUAAGUAUUUUUUUUAAGUGAACAGAAAAAAACAAUUAAGUUCUUUACCUACUUGAACAGUGCCACCUAAAAACUGGGGAUCUUCAUCAUCACAGGCUCUGGGCAGCUGUCCCAAGAGUCCAACCAGCUGCCUCAUGAGUAAGCAUCUAGUGAUCCUCCACACUGCAUAAGUGUAAUCUCUGCCUCUCAUGCUGUAUGCACGAGACAGAAUUAUGCAAAACAGCCAGUGAGUGGAACACACCAAUAACGUGAGCAGGUACAUAGAUGUAAAAGCCAUAGAUGGUGUACCCCUGCAGCAGAGAACAGUGCCUUUCCCGGUGGGACAGAUGCAACAGCCUAGAGGCCUUGCAGCACUUGGGGCAGGGAUGGAAGGGGAAGAGACAUGCUGCAGUUGAGGUGCCAGAAGGUGGCAGGGUAGUGUGGAUGCUUUGUGCUGGUUCAGUUAUGCUAGUGCAAUUCUCAUCUGCAGAUGAGGGUGCGAUACUGAGUUUUGGCUGUCUGCACUUGUGCCCAUGUUGUCUAUUCACACUGAGCCGCCUCACAAGUUGUUUGGCAUAUUUGAUUGUCCUAUUUGCUAGCUGGCAUCUACCCAUCAUCAGCCACUCAGUGCAGUUGGGUGUGACCAUCAGGCUUGGGUGCCUAGAAAUACAUAUUAGCAUGGCUAUUGUAUGUAGAAGAUAGACCCACACUUACUGUAAGACAAGUAUCCAGCUAGCACAGAAAUAAACAGUUCAGCUUCAGAGACCUCUCCAUUCCAGUUGUAGUGUUCUUACAUGAUGUUCAUUAUGGGAAAACAUCUACAUAAGGAUACAAUGUCCAUGCUAGUUCAGAACAGUAGCCAAAGACCAGGAUCUGCACGAAUGGGGAGCUGUGAUGCAAAUAUACAUUACAGACCAGACCAUCCCAUUUCACAGCUACAAUGCAAUUGAUGGCAGCAGGUUUUUGCCUCUUUUAAUAGAGGAAAAUUUGGCCCUUAUGUCCCGUAAUGUCUUGCUUUGCAGCAGUUGAGCUGUGGAAUCCAAAGCCAUGGAAGGGUGAGAUUUUGCCACCUGUUGGCACCUGUCUUAGGAAUGGAUACUUGCAACACAUCUGCUGGAUGGCAGAACUUGCAAGGUAGGGCCUAAUCUUCCAUGGCGUUUAGCUAAAUGUAAACAGGUGAGGGUAACAAUGCAGAGCCCAACAGCAAAAAGCUUAAAUUAAUACAUUGCACACCAGUGCAACACACAGUUAAAGCAAGUACUUGCCCUAAACCCCCUACCUUUGCACUUCCAUGCAAACCAUUCAUUUAUAAAGAAACUCCCUGGCACCUCUUCUGUAGAGAUCUCAGAGUGCCUCAUGUUAAUGAAUUAACCUGAGAGCCCUUCAGGGAGCAGAGGGGAGGGGAAAGAUUGAUUGGUUUUACUCUUAUGACCCCAUCUGAUGGUUUCUAGUGCCUGCCUCACUUGGUCCCUUUUUCCCCCUCUGUUUGGUGAUCCCCAGCACAUUAGACCCUGGUCAUGCUGGGCUAUUUGCACUUGGCUAAAAGGGAUCAUCCUGGAGAAUAGCCACGUUGGGGGUGGGCAGUUGUGCUGCACAUCCACCCCAAACCCGCAGCCCCUCCUUUUAAACGCCAAACCCAACCAGCAUUGGUUGCUAUGGGAAAGAAGGGCACUGCAGUUUGAAACCAUUCCCACAUGUUAUGAACGGGGAAGAAGCCAACCCCGCGUACCCCUUGGCUUACCAUGACUGGCUGGAAACCGAAUUCUAUUGCCCAGGCGUGUGUGAUGUGUCACCAUACCGACAGGUGCUCAAUAUAAAAGGCAAAAUGUGACCUUGUACCUAAAACACAUCUGCUGUGAAUUGCUUGAUUCACU